AUCCAGAGAGGAUUUUUAGCUGUUCAAAGGAAUACUCCUGAACAGCAUGUUUACCACUUGACAUUUCCCUGAUACAGAGCUCACUCAGGGAACCUCAACCCGCCACGGGCGCUCACCCGGAAGUCGGGAACAACAGCACUUGAAGCCACACUUCCCAGUAUGUGAAUUCUCUUUUAGCACUAUUGGGCAAGAAGCAAACCAUCAUGCAAAUAACAAGGUGCAUCAUCAUUAGGUUUAAGGGGGCUCGCUGACCACAUGGAAGCACUGUUGUUAAGGGAGUAAGAUCAGACGUGAAGGAAUUGUAAAAAGAAGAAAAGAUAGUGAUGAUUUUCUAAAUGCAAUACCAUAUCAACCACAAGAUUCCUAUGAGUAAGACAGAAGACUGAACAUUCCACAGCCAGUCAGGAUUCCUAAGCAAAACUAAAAAACUGGCAGCCAGUCAGCCAAGGUCACAGAAACCCCAUGCAGCACAACCUGACCUGGAGGCUGCAGUUAGUGCAGAAUGCUGUGGCACGAUUGCUGACAUGAGUGGGACCCUAUGAGCACAUAAUACCUCUCCUCUGAAUUCUGUACUGGUUGCCGAUCUGUUAUCAGGCCAAGUUCAAGAAAUCUCUUCAAGUGAAGAUGGGCAGCCAGUUGAAACACAUUGAAAUUGUAGUUCAGCAGCUUAAUAAUUUCAGUCAUGAAAAUGAGAGCAUUGGACAUUUCUUGGAUGAAUCGGCUAAAGUGUUCCAGGCUUUCAGUGUAACAGAUGAAACCUUUUUGAUGGCAACGUUAUCUGGCUGUAUAGAAUAUAAACCUUUAUUAGAUGUGGUUGUUAAUGCAUUUUAUAUCAGAGAUGGAAAACAUUGCCUGUUAUCUGAGCGUAAUCUAUAUGUUGUUGUUUGUUAUUUGGCCACUUUUAAAUUGGAGGAACUUGGACUUCAGCAUUUCAGGAGAAUAAUCAAGUCAGUGGAUGCUGCUAAAAUAUGUAAGUUCCUUAGAUUCUUUUUCAAUGUCACGAAUUUGUGCACUUGGAUAAAAGAUGAAUGGAGCCAGAUAUACGAUUCUGUUUUUGUAAAAGAUAACUGGAUAGAACCAUUGCUAAGAUGGCAGCCCAAAGUGCAACAACUGAUCGAUCUGCUUGAUGUUAAAUUAAAUAAAUACACUCUUACAACUUCAAAGAUAACUGAACCAAAGGAGUUUAAUUUGACAGUCCCUAAUCCACGAGCUAUACUGAUUCCUGAGCUAAUUCCACAAAAAGAAAAAAGAAAGCCCUUCCAUCAAAUCAUUCCAGUCCAGAAAUUCCAUCGAAGCAUUGAUAACUUUAUCUCUGAUAUCUUCAUCAAUUUCUCCAGGGACAACGCCGAAUUCCAAACAGUUCCUGAGAAUAUUUACAAACCCCCUAGAUUGAAGCAGCACCUAGAAGGAAUUAAGUUGAAGAAUCGUCGGAAAGCAGAGGAACUACUGCUGGAAGCAAACGUUAACCAAUUCUCUUGUGCAGCCCAAACAUCUGGCCGUAACAGCCCCGUUAUUAGCGAAAUUCAAAACUUCACAGCAAGGUUUCAAGCUCAGAAGAUCAAAGGAGAGAUUGACAAUGUACCUGUUAAACUAAAUGCAACAGCAAUCUUAAGAGAAGGUGUCCUUUACCAACGAAAAGUGGAACAGGAGCUUAACAGAAUAGAACAUCUUCUCCGAGGAGCUCGGGAUCCUUCUGAAUUUCUGGAAUGGCAAAAGCACAUGCAUGGGAAAGAUUUGGACCAAAAGCUUACAAAAGCAGCGUGUAGGAGGCUGCAAGGACAGCUAAGCUAUGAGGAGGCUAUUCUAGCACGUCAGAAUUAUGUUCAGGAAAACCAGAAAAAAGCUGAGCAGAAGAGGGAAGAGGAAGCAGAAAUGAGUCACCAGCGUGCAGAAAGACACCAACAAACAAGGAAGGAAAAGGAAAAAAAGGUGCAGCAAGUAGUAGACGGACGCAAAAAUGUGAAGCAUGCACGAAUGAAGCUCCAAAAAACCAAACAACAAAUAGGCAAAUGGAGGGAGACUAGAGGGAGGAUGCUAUAUUACUCUGCAAAAUCACAAAGUGUCUUCCUGGGCAAAUCAGAGCAAACAACCCAUCAUGUGGAUGCUUCACUAUGCCAGUCUCAAAGUCCAAUUUAUGUUCAGGAAGUAUCUGAAGAAAGCCAGGAACUCCUGCUUCAGACUUUGAAAGAAGAAGAAGAGAGAUUCAAAAAAAGAUAUGAAUUGAUUCAACAAAUAAGAGCUAUAGAGUAUCUGCCUUUACUAAAAAACAAAUUUGUUGACUUAACUCAGAUUCCUAAACAUGGUGUUCUUGGCGAGAUGUCAUUAGUGGAACUUCAAGAACGCUUAGCUUUGCUGAAAGAAGCUCAGAAGAAGGCAGAAGAGGAGAAGAGAGAUCUGAUAAUCUGGAGAAAACAUGCUAAGGAACAGCUUCUUUUGGACAAACUUGAACAGAUAUCUAUGUUCAGAGAACAAUUUGGAAGAGCAGCUGCACUGAAGCAGGAAGAAAGGAAAAUUAAGGCUCCACUUCGUGAACACAUUUUGAAAGAUGAACAAGUUUUAGACCUACAGAAAAAGAUGGUGGAAAGAUCUAUGGAGCGUAAAAUGCAAACUGAGAAUUUAAAAACUACAUCUCUAAAGUACAAUGAAGAAUCAAUCAGAUUUUGGAGAUCAAACAAAAAAUCUCAGCAAGAGGAUCACUGGAAGAAGUUAGAAAAAAGUCGACAGCAACAUUUUAAGAUGCUUCAACAUAGUUUUAUGUCAAGAGAAAUGGAUCAAAAAGUGAUUACAAAUGAGGCUGUGAGAACUGGAACCAAUGCUUGUAUAUUGCGAUCUUAAAUCAGACAAAACUAUUUCUAAAUACAUUUCUGUUUGUGAGACAUUUACUCCAUUUGUGAAUUCAUCUCUAGAAAUUCUACUAGGUAUUUUAUACUAUUAUAAACAACAGCUGAUUUUGGUUUGCAGUAGUUCAGAACCAUUAACUUGUCAGAACCAUUAACAUUAUGAACUUGCUGUGUAAUAGCAACAUUACUGGUGGUUGAAAUAAAUGAAUAUAAAUUUUGAAGAAAAA